AUGAUCUUCAGGCCGGCCACAGCAAUAAAAUCCCAGGUCCUAGCAGACUUUGUAUCUGAGUUCUCUCCAGAUCUAAUCCCGGCUCUCGAACAGGAGGUACGCCUCCAGAAAGAGGCCGACGAAGAAGGAGAAUGGGUCUUGCAUGUAGACGGCUCCAACAACAUUCGAGGAACAGGAGUGGGGAUCGUGCUCACAUCGCCAACAGGAAACAUGGCCUCAAGAGCCGUAAGGUGUAACUUCAAAGCAACGAACAGUGAAAGUGAGUACGAGGCCUUGAUUGCAGGACUAUCGCUCGCCCACCAGCUAGGUGCCAAAAAUAUCCAAGUCUAUAGUGACUCCCAGCUAAUUAUCAACCAGGUGCAAGGAGAAUAUCAAGCCAAAGACGACAGCAUGAUCCAAUAUCUGGCAGUCGCUCAGCGCCUCACGAGCAAGUUUAAAAGUUGUAAACUCACGCAGAUCCCCAGGGAGCAGAAUUCACAGGCCGACGCUCUGGCUAACGUAGAGUCGGCCCUCCAGACGCAGACUCAAAUGAGCAUCCCAGUAUUAGUGUUGCAAUCGCUGGCCACCCUAGAACCGUCAAACGGAGAGGUCUCUGCCAUCAAGGAAGAAGAAACCUGGAUGACCCCAUAG